GUCAAUAAAUCCUCCUGUCCCAACUUUCUGCCUUCAUUGCUGGGUCCUAAAAAGUCUGAUUCAGUGGCCAUGGCAUUACAGGGAACACUUAUCUGGCUCUGCUCACUCGCAGUCUUGUCCUCCGCUGCACCUCAACAUGAAUCUUUACCUCAGAACUGCACCUCGUCAGGUCAGCUCCUCGAGCAUCUCAAGGUGGCGGUAGAGAAUAGUGAAAGCCUGACAUCUGAAUGGAGCACACAGGAGACAGCUCAGAUCCUGCUGACCCUGAGGAGUCUGAAUGAUAUUCUGCACAAACACCAGCUGAAAGGCUGUCAAGAUGCUGAGCCAAAGAAAUGCCCUGAAGCCAAAGUUCCCGAAAAUGGAGGACUGAUAUGUGUCAGAGUUGCUAACAACAGCUACUGCAAACCGCUCUGCAGCCAUGGUUAUGAUUUUGGUUUCCUGAGGAGGAGUCGUAUUUAUGAGGAAUGCAGUGAGCAGACGGGAUUCAAAUGGCAAACUCAGUACGUAGGAGGAAACACGCUGGCUGUGUGCAACGCGGCAACAUUUCAAAUUUCAGGAGCAAGUACAGCAUAUUUUCCCAAAGAUCAGGACUGCCUGACGACUAAGAGCAACAGCCAGCUGCAGAGCAGCAUCACUGAUGUUUUUAUCACUGAGCUGAAGGGUCAGGGCAUUCAGGCAGACUCCCAGUCUGCCUGUCUUGUGUGUGGAUGACCAUGAGACAGAAACAAGUGGGAUGAAAAUGCAUGAGUCACGUCAUGAAUGUUGUGGUGUGAAAGUCGAUCCAAGCUGCACUGAGAGGUGACGCUUUGUGAGUAAUUAAAAACU